GUAGGUCAGUGUUGUGCUGCUGCUGGUUGAAUGAAUGCCUGUGGCUGAGCUGAGGCGCAUUCCGCUGUAGACUCACCUCAGAGCGGCCUGGAGGGACAGGGACGGAGAGCUCGCCGCGGUUUGGACUUAAUGCACUGCGAGGAAAGCAGCGUAACUGGAAAAACAGGCUUUUUACAGCAUAAACUCGACUUUAUUUACUUGUUUGAGCGCUUUUUCGCGCUGUUACACUCUGUUUUAUCGGGACUAGCGGAGCUGUUUCCCUUGAACUGAGUUUUUGGCUCCGCUGGAUGGAAAAUCUGCCGUGGCAUCAGCCGGGACUUCACCAGGGUAACUCCGACUACACUUCAGAAAAACUGCGGGAAACUGGUGUUUUACAGGCGGAUUAACGUGUAAACGCGUGUAUGGAUGCAUGGAUACGUCUUUAAGGAUUCACCCGUGGACUGGCUGAUGCCACUGAUGAUGCUGAAUGCCACAUGCUCCUCCCUGUAGUAUUUACAAACAUGCCAGUUGGAUAUAAACCACAUAAAAGCUGAAAACAGAAGCCCAAUGAGCGACAUACAGCCACCAGCACCGGAGAGAUUUCCCAAAAAAGCAAACAGAACCAGUAGCAUUCUCAGCAGAGAUCAUCCCCCUGACAAGAGACCUAAAAGUGACAAGCCUGCCAUUCCUCCGGUGCAUGACUCUGCUUUUGAUACAACAGUGCUGGUACAGAAGAGUGGAUGUGCAGUACCUGAUGGAACCCCUGAGUCUUGUGGUCUGGUGCAGAGAUGUGUGAUAAUUCAGAAAGAUGAGAACGGCUUUGGGUUAACUGUGAGCGGGGACAACCCUGUGUUUGUGCAGCUUGUUAAAGAGGAUGGCGCUGCGAUGCGUGCUGGAGUUCAGACUGGAGACAGGAUCAUUAAGGUUAAUGGAACCCUGGUGACUCAUUCAAACCACGUUGAAGUGGUGAAAUUAAUCAAAUCGGGCUCGUAUGUAGCCCUCACAGUGUUGGGCCGGCCUCCCGGGUUACCCCAGAUCCCUCUUUCUGAGGUUAACUUGAAUUUAGGGCCCCUGGAAGAUCAUGGAGCCCCAGCAGUCACAUCCCUUCACUCUCCAAGGCAGAGCCGGAGCAGCCGGGAGUACAACGCUGCAAAACGGGCAUCCUCACCCCUAACAACAUGGGAGGAGAACAACGUCGUACACAACCUGAAAGCAGACGUCCUGCAGAGGAUGCUGGCCAAAGAGCGCCUGGAGCUACAGGAGAUGAAGGAGGAAUACAGCAGGAACCCCACAACUAAACUACUGAGGGACAUCCAGGAAGCCAAAAAACAAAUCCCACUUCUGCAGGACCAGCUCAGCAGAGCCACUAAGGAUGGUCUGCAUUUAGGGGACAGUGAGGAUGGUGGUGUGUUUGAUGUUGACCAGGCCAAUACUGAUGGUUUCUGGAACUCUGUCUUAAAAAGCUACCAUCCGGCCUCUCCAGAAAGUUUAUGUCGAAGAGAUUCGAGCAGUCCAAAGAGCACGCCCCGCGACAGCCUCAACUCCUGCCCUUCCCCCGAGACAGAGGACACCUCUGACCUGGACUCCCACCUCCAACACACUGCAGGGACCCCCUCCUAUCGCCUGAACUCUCAAAUUAUUGGAGCUGAGGACGAAUACUUUGACUCAGAACAGGAGCAGGUGAAUGGUCAGUGUAGCUGCUUUCAGAGUAUAGAGCUCCUCAAAUCGAGGCCCGCUCACCUAGCGACCUUCCUACACCAUGUGGUCUCUCAGUUUGACCCUGCUCCUGUGCUUUGUUAUCUUUAUGCCGACCUCUACAAGCAAACCAAUCCCAAAGAAACCCGGCGCAUCUUUUUGGACUUCCUCAUGUUUUUCAUUGACCGAGGGGCUAACUUAAGAGUAGCUGUGCCUGAAUCCAUCUCCUCUGAAUUGGAACGGCGGAGGCCAGAGUUAAUUCCUGAGGACUUGCAUCGACAGUUUAUCCAGACAACGCAGGACACAGUUCUUCCUGAAGUCCAGAGGAUUCUAGAGGACUUCAGGCAGAAGCGCAGUAUGGGGCUGACCCUGGCUGAUGGAGAACUGGCUCAGCUGGACAUGGAGCAGAUUAGAGACAGUCCUGCCAUGGAGAGGGAAAGAUCCAGCGCCGAGAACAUCGUCUCCAAGAUAGACGACAUCCUGUUAACAUCGCUGGCUGCAGAAGAAGAUAAAUGCACCACAAUACAGUAUGUGAUCUUAAGCUACAUGAAGCUGCUGGGAGUGAGGAGCAAAGAACAGCGCAACCUGGAGUCCAAACGUGUGCGCAUCAACUUCCUGCCCAAGAUAAAGAAAACUGUACAGAAGAGCAGCAACCCAGAGAAGGAGGGGGAGGAGAAGGUGAAGAAGCCACGUUUCAACAUCCUGGGACCUUCACGCUGGCCCAGCCGUGUUGAUGCGCCAUCUGAAGCUGGUCGCUCUGUGGAUGGAAAUAAGCAGAGGCCGCAGAAGCAGCUGUCCCAGCCGGUGAUGGGGACGUGUGAUCCAGCAGAGGGCGGGCGUUUGCGGGGGAGUCAGUCCAGCGAGGGAUCAGACCUCGUCCAGAAUCCUGCUUGCAGUUCUGCAUCUCCCUGCAGCACCAUCUACAGCCCAGCCUCAGACACUGCCUUCAGAGACCCAGAUCAUGGGGGAAGCCCGUCCUCCGUGGUCCCUCGUCACAGUGAUGGUGUGCAGGCUGUGGAGGGUCUGGAUGGCCCUUACCCUCCCUGCGACUACCCCCCCUGCGGCCUGGAGCAACUGGAUGAGGAGAGAGAUGGAGACAGACUCCUGGUGGAUGUGGGCACGCCUAAGCUGAGCAGGAGGCUAGAGGAGGUGCUGAGUGAGGACGAUGGCGGAGGCGGCGGUGGUGGUGUGUACUCUGAUGUGGAUCCUCCGAAUUGGCAGCAGCUGGUGGGGCGUGAGGUUCUGGCUGGACUGACUCCUCACGAGAUCAAGAGACAGGAAGUCAUUAACGAGCUGUUCUACACUGAGCGUGCACAUGUACGCAUGCUGAAAGUCCUGGACAGCGUCUUCUACCAAAAACUCUCCAGAGACAAUAUACUGCCCCCUGCUGACAUCAAAAACAUCUUCACCAACCUGGAGGAGAUCAUCCAGCUCCAUGUGAAUAUCUCGGAGCAGAUGGCGGCGAUACGCAAGAAGAAUGAUUCAUCAGUUGUCGACCAAAUUGGAGAUGAUUUGCUGUCUUGGUUCAGCGGAGGAGAGGAGGAGAAGAUGAGGAGGGCUGUGGGCACGUUCUGCAGCAAUCAGCCCUUCGCUCUGGAGCUCAUCAAGAGCCGGCAGAAGAAGGACCAGCGAUUCGCCACCUUCAUGCAGGAGGCGGAGAGUAAUCGGUUGUGUCGGAGGCUGCAGCUCAAGGACAUCAUUCCAGCCGAGAUGCAGAGGCUCACAAAGUAUCCGCUGCUACUGGAGAACAUCGCCAAGUACACUGAUGAUGCUAAAGAGAAAGACAAGGUGAGGAGAGCAGCUGAUUGCUGUCGGAAGAUUCUCAACCACGUUAACCAGGCAGUAAAGGAGUCUGAAAAUAAGCAGCAUCUGGAAGACUACCAGCGGCGCCUGGACUUCUCGUCCCUGAAGCAGAGUGAGAAUCCCCUCAUCGCUGAGUUUAAGAAUUUGGAUCUGACCAAGAGGAAGUUGGUCCACGAAGGUCCACUAAACUGGAAGUUAAACAAAGACAAGACUGUUGAGUUAUACACUCUGCUCCUGGAGGACAUCCUUGUUCUGUUGCAGAAACAGGACGAGAAACUGAUUCUAAAGUGCCACAGUAAGAACCGGGCUGGAACCGUGGACACGCAGCACAUAUUCAGCCCUGUUAUUAAACUUAGCACUGUACUGGUGCGCUCUGUGGCCACAGACAACAGGUCCUUCUUUGUGCUCUCCAUGUCCGACAACGGAGCUCAGAUCUAUGAGCUGAUGGCUCAGACAGUGUCUGAACAGAGAACGUGGCAGAGGCAGAUCACUCAGCGAGCAGAAGCUAUGAAGGCCAAACCCCACAGUGUUAUCCCCCUGCCUCAGUCCAGUGGAGAAAGAGAAAGCCUGGAAUCCGUCAGUAAACUCAGUAAAGGCCCAGAGCGGGUGUCUGCUGGCAGCUCAGAUAAAGGCCGCGGCAGAUCGUCUGCUGCCCUCCACAGCUGCGGCCCCGCCUCGAACCCUGAGGAAGAAGAGCAGGGUCAGGACAGCGGCCGCGACGAAAGCUCUUAUCUGGAUCCAGAGCUUCUAGACGGACGAGAUGUGUACUCUCUAUCCUCUUCCUGUAGAGCAGAGGAGGCACUGAAAACCUUGGCCGCCCUUAAGCAGGUGCUGUUGACCCAGCUGAUGGCGCAGGACGACGGGGAGAGGCUUGGGAGGUCUCCUGGGGGACGUCUCCUCAGGACCACGUCUCUGCGCACACCGGUGGAGCACAGCUCCGGCCGCUCAGCCUGCAGGACGCAGGAUGCUGCUUCAGGAGACACCGGCUUCUAUGAGGGUUCUGAAGACUAUGCAGCAGGUUAUCUGGUGCUGGAGGGCUACAGCGGGUCGAGGGAGAGCAGUACUGAUGAUGAUGUUCAUGUUGGAGGAAUGGAGCUCGGUUUGUCUCAGAGCUGCGCUGCAGAUUCAGGAAUCAGCCUCCGGUUCUCCUCGGCCUCUGUGGAGAGCACCUGUCGCCUCAGUCGGCAGGUUCUAACACACCUGCGUUCCCUGCAGGCCAACCUUAACCACCUCAAGGAGGUGGAGAGCAGGUAUUACAGCCUGUUACGGCAGCGGCAAGCAGGGUUAUCAGGAGACGCCGGGGAGAGCAAAGAUAAGAAAUAGUGCUGUGGACACUGGUUUCUUGGCUCCAAUCAAACCGAGGGCACUCCACUCCGCCUCCAGCCUGUCCUGCUAACCUCUCGGCGCCUCUGCCAGACGGAGGGAACGAGAUUAUGAAUAGAGAGACUGUGAUAAAGUGCGAGAAGAGAGCAUUCAUCAUUUGCACCCCUCUGGACAACACUAUCAGGGAAGAUGGACAAGUCCUCUCUCGGCCUUUUCUCUAUCCCUAAAGCCGCCUAGCAUGUCUUUAGUUCAGCCUCCUCCUCCUCCUCCUUCAGCAGCAGCAGCAGACGAGCAGAGAGAGAAAGAGAGAGAGACAGAGAGAGAGAGAAUGAUGCUUAAAUAUACAAGUUUAUUUCACAGUUUAUAAAUAUAUAUAUAUAAAUAUAAAUAUGUAUGUAAACACAAGAGAAACCAAGAUGGAAAAGAUGUUUUUUGUUUUUUAAAUAAUGCUGUAAUAAUUUGUUUGGUUUUUAAAAUCCUGGAUGUAUUUAUUGUAUUUUUUCCCUAUAAGUUGUUGCAAAGUUGCUUGCAUGCUUGUUUUUUCUCCAGCCAAGCUCUUAAAGUCUCUCUAAAUGUUUUUUGCACCUCCUCUCAGUAAAAACAAACAAAAAGAAAAGAAGUGAAAUGGAUUGAGCGCUUCAGGACUCCCAUGUUUUUCAACAACCUACAGUGUGUUGCAAAUCCACAGCCGCAGUACAUACAGCUCUGGGAAAAAAAUAAAUUAAUUAAGAGACCACUUCAGUUUCUCUGAUUUUGCUAUUUAUAGGUUUAUGUUUGAGUAAAAUGAACAUUGUUGUUUUAUUCUAUAAACUACAGACAACAUUUCUCCCAAAUUCCAAAUAAAAAUAUAGUCGUUUAUAGCAUUUAUUUGCAGGAAAUUACAAAAAUGAGAAAUGGCUGAAAUAGCAAAAAAGAUGCUAAACUUUUAGAUCUCAAAUAAUGCAAAGCAGGGUUUGUACGGCCAUGAAAUACCUGUAAAAGUAGAAUAAAAAAAAAACAAAUACACAUUUCCAGGCCUUGAUAAGUUUUGGACAAAUAAAAAUACUGGUAAAGUCAUGGAAAUUUGCAAUUCACAAAUGUGCGUUUCCAUUUAUUAACUGAGAAAAGCUAUUUUGAGUUAAUUCAGUUAUAUAGCCCUACAAAAUCAAGCUCUCAGGAUCUGACACACAUUUUAUUACUAUUGAAGAUUGUGUCAACAGUUUUUUCCAUGUCUGCACUGAUGUUUGAAAGAUCGUAUGGUCAUGUACAUUUGCCUUGAGAACAUGGAUAAGUCAUGAAAAAGUCAUGGAAAUUUAUUGGUUAAAAAAUUUAUAAAGUUUUAAGAGAUAUGUCAUCAAUAUUUGGUGGAAUAACCCUGGUUUUUAAUCACAGUUUUUUUUCGUGCAUCCUGGCAUCAUGUUCUCCUCCACCAGUCUUACACACUGCUUUUGGAUAACUUUAUGCUGCUUUACUCCUGGUGCAAAAAUUCAAGCAGUUCAGUUUGGUGGUUUGAUGGUUUGUGAUCAUCCAUCUUCCUCUUGAUUAUAUUCCAGAGGUUUUUAAUUUGGUAAAAUCAAAGAAACUCAUCAUUUUUAAGUGCUCUCUUAUUUUUUCCAGAGCUGUAGAACUACACUGGACUCCUCUUUUCUCCUUCAGUUUUUUCUCUUCAUCCACCACAAGAGGAAAGCUAGAUCUCCAGCUGAGAAGAUGAAGGGAAAGCAUGGACCUCAAACACUUCCAAUACGCAAAGAAGUUUAAUGACUGCUGGACAAGCAGAAUAUACUGUAUUACCAUUGAGCUGGCUAAUGAUGCAAAAUGUGGAAAUAAAGAUGCAGUGACUCA